AUCUGGACGGACUGCAUAUCAGACACAAUUGCAUUGCCAUUCCAACAGCGCUCUGAAUUCUGGACAACCGAGGAUUAUAUGCUCCAAGAAGUAAUAUACAACACCAAACAGACGAGCGUCUGCGCUUUCACGACUCGAGGCUUCAACGAAAGGCACGCAAGACGGCGAUCCGUCGCGGGACUUGAACAUGGCGAACAGGGAAAAGGGCGGUCGCGUGGUCUUCGUUGGCAACAUUCCAUAUGGUGUCAGCGAAGAACAAAUAUGCGAUAUCUUCGGGCGAUGCGGAACAGUGGCCGGCUUCAGAUUGGUCUAUGACAAAGAGAGUGGACAGCCAAAGGGCUACGGAUUUCUAGAGUUCACUGAUGCAGAUGCCGCCUCUUCGGCCGUACGAAAUCUCAACAACAUGGAAUUGAAUGGGCGACAACUUCGGGUCGACUAUAGCAAUGAUAACCGCAGCGGAAUGGGUCAAAAUGCACCUCCGCCCUCAAAUUCAAACAAUCAAUCGAAUGGAAGACCUGACCCUGCAGCUCUACCACCUCUUCCUCAAGGAACUGAUCUACCUCACGGUGUGACUAUCUUCGACGGCAUCAGUCAAACGCUCGCCGCGAUACCUACAGCCACAUUACUCGACUUCAUCUCUCAGCUAAAGGGCCUCUGCCAGAGCAAUCCAGCACAAGCAACCGCCCUGCUUCAGCAAGCUCCGCAACUUAGCUACGCAGUCUUCCAGGCGAUGUGUCUUCUAGGCCUCGUCGACCCGAACAUCGUCGCCCAAUUGAUUCAGUCACAAGGACUCGCACCUCCGCCGCCACAACAAGCAGCGCCAGCGCCGCCACCUCCAGUCGCCGCACAAUAUCCCCCCCAGCCUCCACCUCAACAAUACGGCCAGUACCCUCCUCCUCAAGCGUAUGGCAAUGCCUAUGCUCCUACUCCUCCGACACAACACAAUGCCUACCAACCACCCGCACCACAAGCACCUCCGCCGCAACAAGCGCAGGCACCGCCCGGUCAGGAGGACCUCAUUCGCCAGGUAUUGGCUCUCACAGCGGAGCAGAUAUAUGCCAUGGAGCCUUCGGCACGGGAUCAAAUUCUCGCGUUACGCGCUCAAUUUGGAGCGCCGUUGUAGACGGUAUUUGGCGGCAGAAAUCUACGGUCAUCGAUUUGCGAAAUUAUGCGUGGGAUAGUAAGGCGUCAGGCGUGUCUAAUAGCGAUGGGUUGCAGCGUGUCUGCAUUACCGCAAAUGGCAUGGGUGUCGGUGAUUAGGGGAAGUUUGUAUCAUUACCGUCAGGUGUAAUUCGUGUACUUCUAUUUACGAAAGUACUGUAUAGUGAGCAUGCCACCUCCCUGAAAUAGUUUACAUCACAACUUCUCGUCCUCGAUGUGGUGUACUGUAGCGGUGGCAAACGUCGGGAUGGCUUGCAUGUUCAUGCUAGCUGAGGAGACAAAUGGUUGCAACUUCCAAGGUUUACUUGCACAGCUGCCAAGAUGUGGGAAGCAACGAG